AUGUCCAGUUAUGAUAGAGCCAUUACUGUGUUUUCUCCUGAUGGGCAACUGUUGCAGGUCCAAUACGCGCAGGAAGCGGUCCGCAAGGGCUCGGCGGUGGUGGGCGUUAGGGGGGCCAACUGCAUAGUGCUGGCUGCGGAGAAGAAGUCAGUCCCUCGCCUGCAGGAGGAGCGGACGGAGAAGAAGAUGGCCAUACUUGAUGAGCACGUCGUCAUGGCAUUUGCUGGGCUUAGGGCUGAUGCCAGGGUGCUCAUAACUAGGGCCCAAAUAGAGUGCCAAUCUCACCGCCUGACGGUAGAAGACCCGGUGACGGUGGAGUACAUAACCCGGUACAUCGCUGGCAUGAAACAGCAGUACACACAGAGCAACGGUCGCCGGCCAUUCGGCAUCUCUUGCCUGGUAGGCGGGUUCGACCACCACGAUGCCACACCGCACCUCUACCAAACCGAACCCUCGGGCAUCUACUACGAGUGGAAGGCAAGCGCAACAGGCCGUUGUGACAAAACGGUGCGAGAAUUCUUGGAGCAGAACUACAAGCCUGAGGCUGUGGCGAGUGAAGAAGGCACCAUCAAACUCGCCAUCAGGGCGUUAUUAGAGGUUGUCCAGUCUGGCCAGAGAAACUUGGAGGUUGCCUUGAUAAAAUACCGUCAACCUAUAACCAUAUUGAAGCAUGAAGACAUCAAUAAUGUGGUGGUUGGUAUCGACAAAGAAAAAGAAGAAGCGGACAAAAAUAAAAAUAAAUAGUUUUAAAAUACAGACUAAAAAUAAAUGGCUUUGGAAUA